CUUAGCGCCAUGCAGGAGCCCAGGUCUAACUCUCAGCCCUACUGGGGGUUGGUCCUGGUGGAGCUGAGCAGAGUUGUGGCAGCACUGCCUCAAAAUAUGACAGCAGAUUCGAAUUCUUAUGGGUUUCCAUGGGAAUUAGUGAUAUGGGCAGCUAUUGUUGGAUUUUUUGCUGUUCCCAUUUUUUUGUGGAGAAGUUUGAGAUCGGUUAGGAGUUGGCUUUAUGUGAGAAGAGAGAAAAAGCUUGCCAGUGUGCUUUCUGGACUAAUUGACAAGAAAUGUAAACUACUUGAAAAAUUUACCCUUGUUAAAAAAGAGUAUGAAGGCUAUGAAGUAGAGUCAUCUUUAAAGGAGGCCAGCUUUGAGGAGGAGGCAACAGAGGCACAAAGUUUGGAAACAACAUGUGAAAAGCUGAACAGGUCCAAUGAUGAACUUGAGUAUGAAAUACUUGGUCUCGAAAAAGAGUUACAGAAAUCAAAACAUUCCGAACAAAAUCAACUGAUGGCAGAUAUUUCAAAAACGAUACAGUCUCUAGGAGAUGAGUCAGAAUCUCUCAAAUCACAAGUAGCUGAAGCCAAAAUCAUCUUCAAGAUACCUCAAAUGAAUGAAGAACGACUGACGAUAGCAAUAAAAGAUGCCUUGAAUGAAAAUUCUCAUCUUCAGAAAAGCCAGAAACAGCUUUUGCAAGAAGCUGAAGUAUGGAAAGAACAAGUGAGUGAACUUAAUAAACAGAAAAUAACAUUGGAAGACUCCAGAGUACACACAGAACAAGUUCUAAAUGAUAAAGACAAUCACAUCGAGACGACUGAACGCUUGCUGAAGAUGAAAGACUGGGCUGCUGUGCUUGGAGAAGACAUAAUGGAAGAUGAGAACUUGAAAUUAGCAAUGAACAGUGAAUCAGAAGAAUGUGCUUACUUAGAUCAUCCUCCAAAAGGAGCUGUGAAGAAACUGAUUCAUGCUGCUAAUUUAAAUGCGUCUUUAAAAAUCUUGGAUAGACAAAGGAAACAAAUUGAUUUUCAGUUAUCUGAAGUCGAAAAAACAAAAGAGCUUGCACAGUGCAUUAAAAAUCUUCAGACUCAACAAGCAUCUUUGCAGUCUGAAAGCACACAUUUAGAAAGUGAGAAUGAGAAGCUUCAACAGAAACUUAAAAUAAUGACUCAAUUCUAUCAAGAAAAUGAAAUGAGACUCUAUAGGAAAUUAACACUACAGGAAAAUAGCUGGUUAGAGAAAGAAGAGAAACUUUCUAAAGUAGACAAAAAGAUUGUCCAUGCCAUCGAGAAGCUGGAAACCUAUAGAAAGCAAGCCAAAGAUCUUGAAGAAGAAUUCAAGAGAACUAUUCAUUACUAUCAACGGCUGACUAUUGCCUAUGAGAAAAAAGCACAUCGUAAUUGGUUGGCAGCUCGGACUGCUGAAGGAAACCUCAAUGAUUUAAGGAAAGAAAAUGCUCACAGCAGACAAAAAUUAACUGAAAUACAGUUUAAACUGUUAGGAAAAGAUCCUGAUGCACUUUAUGUUCCAAAUACGGCAUUUGGCAGAGAACAUUCCACAUAUGGUCACUCACCAGUGGGUGGACCCUCAUCUGAAACGAGAGCUUUUCUCUGUCCUCCAACUCUGUUGGAGGAUCCACUCAGACUCUCACCUUUGCUUCCUGAGGGGAAAGGAAGAGGCUCAAGAGGCCCAGGAAAUCUUCUGCAUCAUCAGAUUACCAACAAAAGAGGAGAAUCAACCUGUGGUAGGUUACCGAAUCCUCACAGGGCUCCUUCUGACACUGGGUUCCUGUCACCUCCGUGGGAACAGGACUGUAGGAUGAUGUUUCCUCCACCGGGACACCAGGUCUACUGUGGUUGUAGACAAAUGGGAAAGUAA